AUGAAACGUCUUACUCGUCAAGCAAUGAUUAUUAAAUUUAUUGGUGAAUUAAUUCAAGCUUUAAUAGGAACGGAAAAACGUUUAGAUCCAGCUAGUUUAGAUCAAAUUGAAGUUAUGGAAUCAUUACCAAAGGGAAAUGACGCAAGUAUAAAUGACACAGAUGUAUGGAAGGAAGAUGCAGAACCGGUUUAUGAUAUCAAUGGUGAUAUAGAAUUUAACAGAGUAAACUUUUUCUAUCCAUCUCGAAAAGAUGUAUCCGUUCUAUGUAAUAUCUCUCUUACUGCUCGUGUUGGAGAGACAACUGCUCUCGUAGGUUCAAGUGGCUGUGGAAAAAGUACUUGUAUAUCACUUUUUCUUCGUUAUUAUGAACCUUCAUCUGGUCGCAUCACAAUCAAUGGUCGAUCAAUAAGUGACUACAAUAUUGAACAACUUCGACAAAAUAUAGGAGUUGUUAGUCAAGAACCUAUUUUGUUUGGUCAAAGUAUUUAUGAAAAUAUUCGUUUUGGAAAAGUAAAUGCAACACGAAUAGAAAUUGAAGAAGCAGCAAAAGAAGCAAAUAAAUAUGAAACACUUGUUGGCGAACGUGGUGUACAGUUGAGUGGUGGGGAAAAACAACGUAUUGCAUUAGCUCGUGCUCUUGUCAAACAGCCUACUAUCCUUUUAUUAGAUGAAGCAACAAGUGCACUUGAUAAUGUGAACGAAAAAAUUGUUCAAGAAGCGCUCAAUCGAGCAUGUCGUACAACUAUUGUUAUUGCUCAUCGUUUGAGUACAAUUCAAAAUGCUGAUAAAAUAUAUGUAUUAGAUAAUGGCAGUGUGAUUGAGCAAGGUACACAUGAUAUAUUGAUGGCAAAACGAGGAGGCAAAUACCAAGCAAUGGUUAAACGUCAACAAAUGGAAAAAAUCAAUGAUGAUCAAGAUGACAUGAUGACCAUGCAACAAGCAAAAGAAGAAGACGAACUAUCAAUAAGUGUUAGUUUAUUAAUUCUUCGUUUGUUUCAGUAUACAGCUUUUGCCAUAGCAGGAGCAAAGUUGACACAACGAAUUCGUUCGAAAGCUUUUGAAUGUCUUCUUCGUCAAGAAGUUGCUUAUUUCGAUCGACCUGAAAACAGCUCUGGUUCGAUUUGUGCUUGGCUUUCUUCUGAUGCAUCAGCCAUUCAACAGAUGACUGGUACUCGAUUAGGAGCCAUUUCUGAAGCUCUCGCACUAUCUAGUAGUAUUGCUGCAUCAAUUUCGGCUGCUGACACGUUUUUUGAUUUAUUUGAUCGAAUACCAGCUAUCGAUAAUACAUCUACUGCAGGACAAGAACUAGUUGAUUUUCAUGGAGAGAUAAAAUUUGAUCAAGUCAAAUUUAUUUAUCCGACUCGACCAACAUCUAUUGUUCUUAACCAAUUUCAAUUGAAUAUCAAGCCAGGUCAACGUGUAGCUCUUGUUGGUACGUCUGGAAGCGGAAAAUCAACAACUAUUCAACUGUUGGAAAGAUUCUAUGAUGUUACAAGUGGUCGAAUUCUUCUUGAUGACGUUGAUAUUCGACGAAUAAAUCUUCAUUGGGUUCGUUCUCAGUUUGGUCUUGUUAGUCAAGAACCAAUUUUGUUCGAUUUAACAAUUGCUGAAAAUAUAACAUAUGGAUUAGAAAAUGUUUCAAUGGAAGAUAUUAUUAAUGCAGCAACUAAAGCUAAUAUUCAUCAAUUUAUUGAUCAUUUACCUCAGGGUUACGAAACAAGAGUAGGAACCAAAGGUACUUUUCUGUCUGGUGGGGAGAAGCAACGUAUUGCAAUUGCUCGUAUUCUGAUCCGUCGACCUAAAGUAUUACUCUUAGAUGAAGCUACAAGUGCUAUGGAUUCAUACAAUGAGCAAAUUAUACAAAAAGCUCUUGAACAAGCUCAAACAGACGAUCCUAGUCGAACAUCACUCAUUAUUGCUCAUCGACUUUCAACUAUUCGCUCAUGUGAUCUGAUUUGUGUACUUGAGAAAGGACACAUAGUAGAAAGUGGUACUCAUACAGAACUGAUACAACGACAUGGAACUUAUUACAAAAUGCUUGCUCAAAACAAUUUACAAUGA